AUCCCCCACACGGCCUCAGCUCUGUCCUCGGCGCUGUUUUCCUUGUGCAGCGCGGUCCGAUGCGGCGCGGCUGACGUGCAGGACGGGCACGACAAGCUUUGAUUGAUAUUCGCUGAACAACUGACAGGCCCGAAUUCCUUCUGCUUACCACCCCAGUGAAGAGCUUGAUAUAAGAGAGGCUUGUUUUCUGCAGCUAUCGACGUACAACCCAGCAAACAUGUCGCCCACAGCAGACCAACCCCGCCGCCAAUCGUGCGACCGCUGUCACUUGCUCAAGGUGCGCUGCAUCCGACAGCCUGGCCCAGAUUCAUCGCCUUGCGUACGGUGCGACAAGGCCGGUGCCUGUUGCGUCUACAGCCUCCAGCAGCGUGUCGGUCGACCACCCUCCGCCGACUCACGCAAGCGCCCGCGCGUCUCUACGACUGCCUCUACGACGACUGCCUCUACGACGACUACCUCUACCACUACCUCUUCGACACUCUCCACCCGCUCUUCAACACCGCCACCGCCACCCGCUCCCGUCACUGCUGCUGCCGCUCAACCGUCGCCGGCCGCUCUGUCUUCCGUAAACAUCGAUGUCUUCGCCGAGGAUUGGUUUGGCGACCUCGCUUCCCUGCCAAACCUAUCACCCUUCGACCCUCCCGGCCUCACCACCCACCCUGCCGAAACACUGAACCUUGGCAUCGAUUCUGUCGAGUCCUAUAUCAGCGAGCUGUCUGAUUUGAACCUGCGCCUCUAUCAAUCCGCCCGUACCAUCUCUCCCUCUACCAUAGAGCCUCUCUCCGUGUCGUCCCCCGCCGUCAAUGACAUCUUCGACGCCACUCGCUCCCUGAUCCACCUGCUUGGCCGUAUGUCUGCUGCCGGAUCCACCGUUGGCAACGCUCCUACGGACUACUUCAACCAGCUGCCCCGACUGGAUCUCUUCUCAGCGGGUGUGUCGGUCCAGGCUCCAGCACCCAGCCCUCCAGACACUGGCGUCGUCUUAAUGGUUCUGGCAUGCCACCAGCGUCUUCUAGGCGCUUUUGAGAACAUGUGCAACUCCCUCAACCAACAACUGUGUGCUGUCCAUCCACUCCCGUUUAUGAACUUGAACCAGACCCAGGUUAACGCCGGCCAUUUCACAUCAACGUCUGAAGCCUCCACGUCGAUGACUUGUCCCCCAACCCAGGCCGUCCUCAUCAUUGAACUCAUUAGCCAUUUACUCAGCCGCCUCGACAGAGCUCUGAGUCUGCUCGGCUACUGCACUGACGGUCGCAUAGCUGCGACGGGUAAUCCUCUUCCAUCUUCAUCUUCCGCGUCGUCUUCGUCAUCAUCGACAUCAAACUCAGCGCCUCCAUCUCCUGUUUUAGAACCUUCCCUGGAUAACGCAUCUGCAAGAGGUGCCUGCCGUAUUGGCAAUGGCACACGGCCUAAUCGCUGCAGCGAGGUCGCCGAAGCGGUUGUAAACUCGAUGCAAAGCCGUCACAACAGAUUACGUACCCACAUGAAAUUGAUCAAACGGCAUACUAAACGGUCAAGUUUCAUUUGAACUUGCUGAAAUCCGUUUUUGUUUUUUUUAAAUAUUCACCGACUUUUGCACUCAAAUACCUAUGUAGCGAUGCGUCUUAUCCCGAUUACAUCGGCAUUCAUUUGUUUUUGUCACUUUGGACGUUGCAUCAGGUGUUUGGGCGUCUCAACUUUUGCAUGCCCUCUAUCUAGCAGAUCAGUGGCAAGUACCCCCCACGUGGUAACCCCA